GUUGUUGUGAGAGGCUCCGCCUCGGCUGUAGAACAGCAGUCACAGAGCAGCAGCUCGUGCUUGGUGGAACGCGGGUGGAGAACAGGCAGUUUAUCGUCAUUAGAAGUGUUGAAGUGAACAAGAUCAGAACAGAGUCAGAGCUGAGAGCAACAUCUCUGUAGAUCUGAGAGCACUGAGCUGAGGAGCUGCUGGACAUGGAGCUGUACUCAGAGGCUCUGCAGUACCUCACUCAUCAGGGGCUGCCAGAGGAAGAAGAGGUUGAGGACGUUGUUGGUUCAGACAUGUUCCCAGACGUGUUCAGUAAGGAAUCAGACUGGAUUCCCAACUCUGAUGUCCCACGGCUUCCAGACACGCCGACCUACAGAAGCACAGAGGACAUGCUGUUGAAGAGGCUGCUGGUGCUCAGAGAAAUCUUAAUAAGUGAAGAGACCUACCUGUCUGAGCUGGAAACACUGCUUACGCCUAUGAAAGCUUUGAGGGCAUCAGCAGGUACAUCUCAGCCGGUGUUGUCUAUCGAGCAGGUCCAGACAGUGUUUUACCAGCUGCCAGAACUCAGAGAUCUCCACAGAGAGUUUCACAGCAGCCUCAAAGCCAAAUUACAGGCUGUGGACUUGGAUCAAGAUGUUUCCGUCCAGAUGCAGCAGAACACAGACUUUCAGGUGUCCGUGGGAGAUCUCUUUCUGAAGUUUGUGAGCCAGUUAGGAUUUUACAGAGGGUUCAUAGACAAUUAUGAAAGUGCGGUCCAGAUUGUGAGGAGAUGUACCCUGUCAAACCCACGAUUCCGAAUCCUUGCUGAGAGCAUGAUGUCCACCAAAGGGCCAGACAGCUCCAGGACUAAAUACACAUUCGAAGCUCUCCUCUACAAACCUCUGGACAGAGUGACUAAGACCACUUUAGUGCUGCAUGAUCUUCUGAAACACACGCCAGAUGAUCACCACGACAGUACACUGCUACAGGAAGCUCUCCGUCUGUCCAGCAGCUUCCUGUCUGGGGUCAAUGAGGACUCGCAACACAAGACUGCAGUCACUCUCAGCAGAGGAGAGAGGAGGCAGCUGGUGCGUGACGGGUUUGUGGUGGAUGUCUAUGAGGGCGGACGCAACCUCAGGCACCUGUUUCUGUACACAGAUCUACUGCUGUGUGUCAAACUGAAGGGCGGGACUGUGGGGAAGCCAGUACACUACAGGUUUUGUUGGUAUAUGCCACUAGCAGGGAUAAAGAUGCACUGGGCAGUAGAACAGGAAACAUCAGCGGAGCUUCAGCUCAAAAUCAGCAACAUGAGAGCGAAGAUGUUCCACUGUAGGCGUGACUUUCAAGAGUAUCUGAGUAAAGGGUCUCUUUCUCGUGCUGCUGAUCGCUGUAGAAGAAAGUUAGAAGCCUGUGAACUUUGGCUUCUGACACACAGCCCUUCUUUCAUCUUAGAACUGCAAAGCACCAACAGCAAGAGUCACACAAUUCACUUACCGUCUCUAUAUGAGCUUGAAGAGUGGAGAGAGGCAAUCAACAAACUCAAAGCAGAGGGUCUAGAGACAGUGCCCCCAGACUUACUCUCUCUGGCCAACUCUUGUGUAAAAUUGAGAAUGACUCAACAGCCACCGCUCUGCUGCCUUCAGCCUGACAAUGUGGGGAACAGCAUGUGUGGGAGCCUGUGUGUGGUUGUUCAUUCGGCCUGUGGUCUACAGCAGCCUGCGAGUAUCUAUGUUUGUAUUGAAGUGGAUGGCUUUGAGAUUUUUGACAGAAAGGCCAAAACCUGCCUCUCCUCUUACAGCCUGACACCACAUUGGGACCAGGAGUUGGUGUUGAAGGUGGAUGGAGCUCGUCAUCUCCGGCUGCUGUGUCUCUCUCAGUCAGAAGAGGAUAUUAUGGGCAAAGCAACACUAAAGUUAGAUCCUGUUGAUAUGUUAAAGAAGUGGAAGAAAAUGACCUUGAAUCUGGGCUUGAUUGAGGUGACCAUAUCAAUCAAAUACAAUCCCCAUCCUCUGGAUCCACCCAGCUUUACUCCCCUCCAGCAGAAGCCAGUGUUCUGUGUUCUGAUUGGAGAUGUAGCAAGUCAGGAGGGUGUGCUGGUGCCUCAUAUAGUGCGGUCCUGUGUGGAGGAGGUUGAGAGGAGAGGAAUGGAGGAGGAGGGAAUCUACAGAAUCUCAGGAGCCAGCUCUGCGAUUCAGGCUCUCAAACACGCGUUUGACACCAAUUACUGGGAGGCUAUGAGUAAGCUGAGAAGUGUGGACGUGAAUGUAGUGUCUGGAACACUCAAGCUGUACCUGAGGGAACUACCUGAGACUCUCAUUCCAACUGACCAUUUCCAGAGUCUCUCCAAAGCACUGGAUCUGUCUGACCCUUACCUCAGAGCAGGCAUCAUGUUGUCGGAGCUACAAUCUUUCCCUGAUGUGAACCGCAACACUCUGCUCUUCCUCUUACACCACCUCAAACGGGUUGCCAAAAAAGAGGAACAGAAUAAAAUGUCUCUCAGUAAUCUGGCCACAGUAUUUGGCCCCAGUCUCCUGCGCCCCCCAGUGUCCAGUCUCAAUCACUGUGGACCACCAGUCGACAUCUCUCAAGAGGUUGAAGUUCAGGUCCAAGUAAUUAACCUCUACCUGCAGAACCAGAAUCUUCCAGAAGCUCUCACUACCAAAACACUUGAUAUAGAAGAAGAGACAUGAAAAUUAAAAGAAGACUGCAUAUUUUUUAUUAGAGUCUGUGAAAGUCAUUUCAUUCAGUGGGAUAAAAAGGUUCUGUAUGUUAAUAGAGUGCAAAAAUGACUAGUCAGGAGUUACACAUAGUCAUAGAUACACAUAUCGUCACUGUUACACAAGAAUCUCUGUACAAAAAGGCUGGAGAAAGUAAACAAAAACAUUUGAGUAUUUCGCGCAAUCAAUAUUGGAUGGUAUUUUUAUGGUCAGUUCACUAUACAGCUCUGGAAAAAAUUAAGAGACCACUUCAGUUUCCCUGAUUUUGCUAUUUAUAGGUAUAUGUUUGAGUGAUGUGAACAUUGUUGUUUUAUUAUAUAAACUACAGACAACAUUUCUCCCAAAUUCCAAAUAAAAUGUUGUCAUUUAGAGCAUUUAUUUACCAAAAAUAAGAAAUGGCUGAAAUGCAAAGAAAACAAGUUCAUAUUCAUAAAGCUUUAAGAGUUCAGAAAUCAAUAUUUGGUGGAUUAACCCUGUUUUUAAUCACAGUUUUCAUGCAAUUUGGCACGUCCUCCUCCACCAGUCUUACACACUGAUUUUGGAUAAUUUUAUGCCACUCCUGGUGCAAAAAUUCAAGCAGUUCAGCUGGGUUUGAUGGCUUGUGAUCAUCCAUCUUCCUCUUAAUUUUAUUGUAGAGGUUUUCAAUUUGGUAAAAUCAAAAAUCAAACAAACUCAUCAUUUUUAGGUAGUCUCUUAUUUUUUUUCCAGAGCUGUAAAGUAGGGGUUGCACGACUAGUAUUGUUUACUAGUUUACAAGGUAUUUUAAAAUGUUGUUGACUAGUCGAUUAGUCACAGCAAUAUACAGCAAAUCCUGAAGCAAAAAGAAACUGUUGUUUCAGAGCCAAACACUAACUGACAACAGCAACAAAAAAUGUAUAUAUUUGCAAAGUAACUGCACAUGAUGUUCUUGUUAUAUUUCAUUUAAUUAUCUUCAUUGUUCAGUCAACAAAUAUACUUUACUCACAUUCAGUGCCCUCACAGCUUCCAUUCCAUAGAUCUCAAUAGAAAUAUUCACUUUUUGAGCACUGGAUUGUAGAGUAACUGUAGUAUUGUGUCACUUGGCUCAGAAAAGUGAAUUGCUGCUUUUCAUUUUACUCCUCUGAUUAGUUGACAACUGCCCACGUCUGGGCAACUUGUUGACUAGUGAACAAUUAGUCUGUGCAACUCCUACUAUGAAGUGAAAUUGAAAAAAUAAAAAAUGUUUGCAUGACAGUAUUGAUACACUCUAUGAACAAGCUAGCCCCUGUGCAUGUACAGCUGUUGCAUAUCAGUAUGAGCAAUGCAUUUAUUAAAAGGGGUGCCCACAGAUGUCUGUAUAUAUAGUGUAUAUAUAAGGGGGUGUAUAGUCUUAUAGAAUAGACAUGUAUUAGUACUCAGACUUUGGCCUCCUUUAAGGUUGGUUAGAUGGAAUUGACUAUGAAUUAAAUGUUGGGGAAAGUAAUACAGAAUUGUUUAUUUGAUUGAAAUGGUGUAAAAUAGGAACAUGUACUCUGUAUAUUUAUUUUAUUUAUGAAAUAAAAUGU